UUAUCUCAUUCCCGGCUUAUCCAGUUAACAAUGUCUGCAACAGUACUAACUAUAUCAACCGAACCUUCUUAUAGGGUGUACUGUAAGGAUUGUCCCGACUACAACAUAGCCGUUGGUGUAGGCAUGGCCAUUCUUGCCCCAACUAAUAAAAAUGAUUACCGUCAGUAUUGGUACAAAAAAGAUAGCGAUGAGAUGGACACAUGGGGCUUUCCUGCAUUUUCUCUGGUUAAUAGAGCAACUGGUCAGACCCUACAACAUUCCUUCGAUCAUCCUAUUCCUGUGAGAUUGGUUUACAAUCCAAGUGAUCUUGACAGGUCUGUCUUGUGGGCACAAGCAGAAGAUCGAGGUGAAGGUUUCAAGGCUAUAAGGAGUCUUGAUUGCAAAUCGCAUUUGGAAGCUUGUGCUUUGUACAUCUAUUCAUAUCAUGGUGCUAUUAUUAUUGGUGGAGUAUGGGAUGAAGGAAAAAAUCAGCUAUGGAAAAUUGAGCCCCACAGUUGAUUACUCGUGCUGGUGUUGCCUUCUUUGGGAGCUGCAUGUCAUGUAUUUGUACUUGGUGAUACAUGCCACCGUCUCUUUAUGUGUUUCAUGUUUCUGUCAUAUAAUAAAAGCUUGAUAUGGCUGUCACUCGAGGAUGUUGCCAUUUCUUAGAGCUUGAAAUAAAAGUUCGAACUCUCUCUUUGUGUGUUUAUGCUUCUACCAUGUAAUAAAAGCUCGAUGUUGUUGUCUUCUUAUAAUUUGGAAUAAAAGUUUGUAUUGCAUAUGAAAUC